AUGUCAGGAGUUGAAGCAACAUCCAAUUCCACAGAAGAUGACAUGUCUGUGCUCAAAGUUUACGGCGACAAGUUGAUAUAUAGAGAAGGUGGGACGUCCCCAGGCGUUACUUACGACUAUGCGGGAAGUUUCCUCGCUAUUCGGGGCGAAAGUUACAUGUCUCGAGCUGAACUUCGCGAAAUGACCCUAACGUUUUUCAGUGACAUGCCCGUCAGAUCCCUUUCCCUUCCCACGACCAAUCCACCCAAUCGAAGAUGGAGUGGGAGUAGACCCAACUUUGUACGAGACGAGUCAGCCACGGCUACGGCUCCUAUCUCGUCAACGGGAAACGAUCUCGUCUUGCGAUAUCAGCCUUGCGAAAAUACGGAAGUAUCGUCUACUACUAGUCACACUGAGGCUAUACCUAACAUUUGUCUGCAGACGAACGCCCUGCGGAUGGACGAGCAUACGUUCACUUUCGAAAAGGCACUUACCACUGAUAUAGGCUGCACCCACGACCUAUCUGCGUCUACUAGUAUUGAUCGAGCUUCGAUCGGAAUAGGAUUUAUCGACCACCAUAAUGAUCAUAAGGAAUAUAUUGAGGUAUGGAGACCUGAAAAUGCCAAUCCAGCGAAUAUCAUGGAGAUUAGAGAUACAUUUUAUACUUACAUGAGGAGUCUCCCGAAAAGAGACAAUGACGUAUCGGAUGGGUGA